AAGAGCUUAGUAGGUCUUGGUGUCUGCUGUGUACAGUGUCCCACCAGGACAGUAGGAGUAGCUUAAUUCAGCUAUGGAUAUGUUCAGAUCCGUGGAUGAGUUUUAUUCCUGCAUUUCUGUAAAUCCGCUCUUUUGUCACUAGUACUGCAAGCAGAUUUGAUUUUGUUGGACUGUCUACCACUCAAAGAUCGAGGGAUGAUAUUUGUUGCCAAAAAUGUGUGAGCUGAAGUGGUUAUUAUUAAAUGCUGCUGACACCGAUGCACCAAAGUUGCGGUCUUGACAGUCAGAAAACGAAAGGAAAAACUAGGGAACUGCCAGUAAUUGGUUAUUCUGGAAACAGACAGUGGUACAGCAAUGAUAUUGACACAAUCCGAAGCCAAGGAUGCGUGCGACUGGCUGCGGGCAGCAGGUUUCCCACAGUAUGCUCAGAUGUAUGAAGAUCUACUGUUUCCCAUCAACAUAAACUCUGUUAAGAAAGACCAUGAUUUUUUGGAUCGAGAUGCCAUAGAAGCAUUAUGCAGGCGGUUAAACACACUGAAUAAGUGCGCAGUGAUGAAGCUGGAAAUCUGUCCACAAAGGAAAAAGAGUGAAGACUCGGAUGAAGAUGAACCCUGUGCUAUUAGUGGAAAAUGGAUGUUUCAGCGGGACAGUAAAAGAUGGUCCCGGUUAGAUGAACUAGAUGUCCUUUGUGGAAAAGAUGACCUGAGUGCCUUUCUUGCUGAAGAUGACUCUCUACAGAGUGCAGUCAGUCAUGACAGCAUACUGACUGAUUUGAGUGAACGUCAGGAGGUCACAUCUGUUCGUAGUACCAGCAGCACUGGAAGUCACAGUGUUGGUCUACACAUGGAUGCAGACACCAUCCGGUCCAGCUCUGUGGUCAGCAUGUGCUCAUUAGGAAACUCUGGAGCAACUGAAAAAUCCUUUACCAGUCUUCCAUCUCCCAAGGAGAUGUCCAGUUUCUCUUUUAAUGUAAAAAGUUGUGAAAGAAAUACAAAGUCCAAAGCAAAAAGCUUUUUGAAGAGAAUGGAGAGCCUGAGGUUCAGAAGCUCUCAUAACAAGAAGAAAGCAGCUUCAAGACUUGGUCUCAUUAUUAGUGAACCUGUACUGCAGGAAGGCAUUGAUGAAGAGAAACUGAGACGACUCAACUGUGUUGAGAUCUCCUCUCUCAAUGGGAAUCACAUUAAUGUUCCAGGGAUACGGCACAGGAGUGUUUCCAGCUCUACUCACACUAGUAGCAGCAGCAGCCAGUCUGAAACCAGUAGUGCGGUGAGCACUCCUAGUCCAGUUACACGGGCACGGCGACACAGCAGUUCCAGCAAGCGUGGUGGAAUGUACUUAGAAGGCUUUGACCCUUUCAAUCAGUCCACAUUCAGUGACGUACUGGCACGAAAUUUUAGGAAUGAGAAGAACUUCAUGGACGACACUGUGUUUUUCAUUCCAGAAGAUCAUAAACCUGGCACCUUUCCUAGAGCACUUUCCAAUGGCAACUUUUGUCCUUUGGACAGCACUUCCAGCUGGAGAACAAGGAGUUUCCCUGGCCACGGACACAGAAAUCUCACCAGAGAGAACAGUGCAGAUAGCUCAAAGGAGCCUAGCCUAGGAAGAAGGCGGAACUCGUGCAGCUCACUCUGUAGCCGCAUCAGUGUUUAUGACAAUGUGCCAGGCUCUUUGUUUUACUCCAGCAUGGCGGAACUGGCCAAUUUUGUUGCAAACGAUGACAUUUUCCCUGAGCUUGAUGAUAUUCUCCUCCAUGUAAAUGGGCUGCAGAAGUUAGUGAACCAAUGGUCCGAAAAGUUUUCUGAUGAAGGAGAUUCUGAUUCUGCCCUUGAUUCAGUCUCCCCCUGUCCUUCAUCUCCCAAACAAAUGCUUCUGGGUGUUGACAAUGACCAUGUUUUUGCUAGUGACUUGGACAGCACAGGAAACUCUUUAAACGAGUGUGAAGAACCCUGUGGAACCCAAGAAAGGAGGGAUUCUGGAGUUGAUGCAUCACUGACUAGACCCACCGGGAGACAAAGGUUAAAGUGGCACAGUUUUCAGAGCUCCCAUCGUCCAAGUUUGAACUCUGCCACUUUGCAAAUCAACUGUCAGUCUGUGACGCAAAUGAAUGUCCUGCAGAAGUACUCUCUUCUGAAACUAACUGCUUUACUGGAGAGGUAUACACCUUCUAAUAAGCAUGGCUUCAGCUGGGCAGUGUCAAAGUUCAUGAAGAGGAUAAAGGUGCCAGAUUACAAAGACCGGAAUGUUUUUGGGGUACCCCUGCUGGUGAAUGUGCAGAGAACUGGCCAGCCUCUCCCUCAGAGCAUACAGCUGGCUAUGCGCUAUCUUCGCAAUCACUGUUUGGACCAGGUUGGCCUCUUUCGGAAAUCAGGAGUGAAGUCCAGGAUUCUUGCCCUGCGGCAGAUGAAUGAAAAUAGUGCAGACAACACCAGCUAUGAUGGCCAGUCUGCUUAUGAUGUUGCAGACAUGCUGAAGCAGUACUUCAGGGAUUUGCCAGAACCCGUUAUGACGAACAAGCUGUCUGAGACAUUCCUGCAAAUAUAUCAGUAUGUCCCAAAAGAGCAGUGCCUUCAGGCCAUCAAGGCGGCAAUCAUGCUUCUACCGGAUGAGAAUCGUGAAGUGCUGCAGACACUUCUAUACUUCCUCAGCGAUGUUGCAGCAGCUGUUGAUGAAAACCAGAUGACCCCAACAAAUCUUGCUGUAUGCCUGGCACCAUCUCUUUUUCAUCUGAAUACACUGAAGCGAGAGAAUUCUUCACCAAGGGUUAUGCAAAGAAAACAGAGUCUCGGCAAACCAGACCAGAAGGACCUUAGUGAAAAUUUAGCUGCAACCCAGGGGUUGGCUCACAUGAUCCUGGAAUGUAAAAAGCUCUUUCAGAUUCCUGAAGAAAUGAGGAAGUGUCGUAACUCCUAUAUGGAGCACGAGUUACAUCCGCUCAGUCUAGAAGAGUUGUGCCAGGCAAAAAGUGACACAUGUGCAAAUUCCUAUCCCUUCCUCCAAGAAUGCAUUGACAGCUUGUUAAAGGAUGCCAAAGAUAAGUUCAAAGGCUGGGUUAGCUAUUCCACAUCGGAACAAGUAGAACUCUCCUUUAAAAAGGUUGGUGAAGGACCACCCCUCCGAAUGUGGAAAGCAACAGCUGAAGUUCCAGCAUCCCCUGAAAGUGUCCUGAAUCAUGUGCUCAGGGAACAGAAAUUCUGGGAUGAAGACCUUCUGGAUUCAAAAGUUCUUGAGACUUUAGACAGCCAGACUGAGAUCUACCAGUAUGUGCAGAACAGUAUGGCACCCCACCCAGCCAGGGACUUUGUUGUUCUUAGGACCUGGCGUACAGGUUUACCAAAGGGAGCCUGUGUUGUUGUGGCUGUGUCUGUGGAACAUGACGGUGCACCCCUGGCUGGAGUGAGGGCUAAUGUGCUUGCAUCAAGAUACCUGAUUGAACCCUGUGGUCUAGGAAGGUCUAGACUCUCCUUCAUAAGUAGGACAGAUCUAAGGGGGCGCUUGCCUGAGUGGCACAACAAGGCUUUUGGACACAUCUGUGCAGUGGCAGUUGCUCGAAUACGUGAGUCCCUCAGCUCCCUUGCCCUUGACAAUAAAGAUGGAAAGAACUAAGAUAACACAAGACAAAAAACAAACACGCUGAAGAGCUGUAUGUUGUAUUUUCCUGGUCAGGUUUUUUUUUACAUCAUUUGGAAUUUUGAAAAUAGAUGAACUUAAACUGCAAGGUUGCAACCAUGCAUCUGUUUCUCAGCCUUGAAUGGAGGACGUAUUAUAGAACUUGUACAGCCAGUACCAGACUGUGGCAAUAUUUAAUUAUUCUGAAGCUGCUUUAUUUUAUUGAGGUCUACAGUGUAGGCCUGUGAUGGAAACUAUAGGACUCCGCUCUGGAAAAAGUGCAACAGGUUUAUAUAAAAUAUAUGUAUAUCAUAUGGUUAUGAUUGCUUCUGAGAAGCUAUAUUCUGUAACAGAGAAAACGUCAUAUAAUGAAUGUAAUGCAGAUACUCUUGUAAUAUUUGCCUGAUGUCUCUUGUAGUUUAUCAGAAUUUCCAUUUUGGGCUACUUGCAAGUUAUUCCUCUUUACUUCUCCAGCAGCACUUGAAAGCUACAUUCUUUUGCUAGCAGAGUAUGGAUGAAAUGUGAUAUACCAUUUAUAUCCUGGUAGACAUCAUAGCUGUGUAAUUUCAGAAGAUGAAUGGUGUAACAUCUCAACGUGAUUCACUAACGAAGAUGAAUAAUCCUGCAAUAUAGCAUUCAUUUCCUGUCUGUAUGUGCAUGUAUGCAGUUGUUUGUGUGUGUGUGGGGAGGGUGUGUGUGCAUAGUCGGCCUUAGGCAUAGGCCAACUAGGCAGCUGCCUAGGGCGCCAUUCUAGCAGGGAUGCUUUUCCAGUAGUCUGGAUGGUGUAGGUAGACCAGGAUGGGGGCACCAGGUGGUUUUGGGGAGGAGCUGUAAAGAACUUUUGCUUAGGGCACCAGUUGACCAAAGGCCAUCCCUGUGUGUGUGUGGGGUAGGGUAGGUGUUCUUGAAGUGAAAUGUGCUGUCACCUGAGGUUAUAGACCAAGAACAUGUAAGAAAAUGUAUGUGACAUUCAUGGUUGUUGUCCUACAAAGUUUAAUGACAUGGCAGUUUUCACAUUUUGUGUUAAACUGUUUCCACCAUGUUUGGUGACUGACUUUGCUAUAUGCUAGUGGAAAGGACCUGGUCUUUUGUAAAUGCCAAGUUCAUUUAAUUUAUUUGCAGUUAUAAACCUGCCAGACAUCUCCACAAGGGUUCAAGUUGUCAGCAUCAAGGAAUGAAGUUGUGUGUAGACAAGUGCUGUGAUGCCAUAGUCUUAAUGAUAGAUUGUGUUGCACAUAGAAAGAAACUCUUGCUUUGCUAUGUUGCCUUACUGCACCAUGUGGACUCUAUCUAUUAUGCACCAGUUUCACAGAAGAGCAUGUCAAAUCACCAUUCUGUUAAAGUAAAAAAAUCUUUGAAACUGUUGGCACCUAGAACAAAAUGAAUCUUGUAAAGUGAUGACACAAUGUUAAAAUUUAUACGUUUAGUAAUCCUUUCACCAGGACUGCUAUGGAUAUCCUACACAGGCUAUAGACAGUUUUGUUCAUCUCUCAGUCUUUGGUUGAAAACAUUAACAAACUUCAUACCCAUCAAAAUAAAUAUUAUAUCUUUGAUGUUUCUUUAAGCACUUCAAGGAGUGCUGUCCUGGAGAAGUUUUAAAACAUAAACAAGUGUUACAUUUUUCUUCUAAUUUCCCUUUGAAUCUUUUUUGUAUAUUUGACACCAAGACAAGGUGCAGUACACCAAGCCUCAUUUUACUGUGGGCAGUUCAGGGGCUCUUUCAUUUUUUUUCCCUCUCCUCAGAGUCACCCAAUACGCAUGUUAGGCAAAAGAAUAGUUGGAAAUGUAAUACUUACACAAGGUAGUUUAUUCCUGUUCGCAGUACUAACAAUGCUCAUUUUGACAGCUGUAUCAGCCAUUAGAAUGAGCUUUUCCUAGUUAGUCCUACUUCCAUGGCAUAUUUCCAUGUUUAUGCUUACAAAUUCACAGAGCCAGACAUACAUAGAUGCCAACAGAACAAGGCCUUUGGUACAUGAAGUCUGCCUUCGUGCUGGAGUUUACCCUACAUAGGUGUCCAUCCUCUCGCUUACCCCCACUUUUACAUCCAUCCUAGAUGCUUUUAAGCUCAGUGUAAAACUUCAUUUUAACAAAUGCUUGUCAAGCCCUCCAGUACCUUUAACAUGAUGUCUAUGUUGAACGUGUCUAUUCCGGUAUACUUCCUUUUCAUCUCUACUUUAAAUUCAUGCCACCUCCAUUCUCGAGUAUAGUGUACCAGUCUGUUACAUUUUCCUUGCUCUGCUUGCAGGAGAAAACUAAUGUUAUUGUGCUUGCUGGAUGUUUACUGAGGACUUGCCUAUCUGCUGGAGUUGUUGAUACAUUUUAUAACAUACUGUUGCUCACACGGACAAAGGUAUUUAAAAGAAGGCACAUACAGGAGUUUUUUUUAAUAUUGCGCAUGGUGUUUAAGCGGAGGGAUUAUGACUGGUGGAUGUCUGAUAUACAGAAGAAAGGAGCAGGGAAGUUGAUAUUGAUUUUAUAACUCUGUAAACCUAGCCAAAUUUUACUAAAAGGCUCAAGAAAGAAAGCAGUCCUUUCAUAUAGUGAGUAAAUGCACUGAGCUGAUGAAGUAUACAAUUAUUUGACAAUCAAACAAACUGAAAGUGUUAAAUGUCACAUUUUAUAGCUCAAUAGUGAUGGAACAUGACAGUGCUUUACAAUUCAUUGGUUCGGAUGAUAAAUGAUCCCUUUUGCCUAAUCGUAGUUGUGCUUUAACUCUAAACAAUCCUCAUCUUUGAUUUUCUCGCUCUCUCUCUCUUGCUCUCUCCCUUCUUUGUUUUAUUUAAAUGGUUUGAAAUUAUUUUAGAAAAGUUGGUCUGCAAAAAUAGCUUCAUUUAUUGUAGUUGGUUGACUGAGCAAAGUGUUUAUCAGGUUUGUAAAUCAUUGUCCUUUGGGGCCAGUUGUGUGUGUGUGUGUGCGUGCACACACACGUCAGAGGACAUAGGCAUUCCCCACUGUUCAUUAUUUUUAUUUAUGGUUCCAGGUUGUAUUUAUUAAAAAAAAAACAAGGAAGGAGUUAACCUCUGGUUAUGUGAUUUACAGUCGCUGCUCUAGUUUCCAGGCAUGUGUUUGUAUACAUAGGAAGUAAACUGUUUUAAAGUGCUGUAAAAUAAAGCCUGUGAGCAUCCAUGGAUUCAAGACAUGGAUUUUUAAACCAACAAUUAGGGCGGGUAUUAGUUUUUGAUGAGAGCAAUAAGGCUUGAAAAAUGGACAUAUUCAAAUGUGCCCCACCAAAAGGCUGUUAGCCACAUUGAUUUGUCCAUCAGUCUUGACUGGAGUAUGUUAAGCUAUUUAUAUCUCACAUUAAUCAGAUUAAUGAGUGAUUAUAAACUAAAUAGUUUCAAGAAAUUACUGAAUUACCAACAGAUAAUGUCUGCUAUAUACUCUAGUCUGCAUUUUUCUGACUUAUUUCAGGUACACAUCAGUGCAUGAAAUUGUAAACGCUGUAUUCUAUGCUUAUGUGCGUUGGGGGGUAAUGGAAUUAGUUUAAGUCACAGUUAAGAACUAAAACCUACUUAGGACACUAAUUUGCUUUUUGUCUUCCAUUCCCUAACAACUUAACUAUAGACAUGUUUCACAGCAGCACAUAUGUUUUAAUAUUAGAAAAGCUGUUUUCUUCAUGAGGUUAACAAAAAAGGCUUUGGAAAUCCAUAGACAGUCACACAGAGUGGAGGACUAUAAUGUUUUUACAUAAGUUAAAUAGUCCUUUUGUAAAGGGGGUUCUUUCGUACAGGUUUUACUGUAAAGUGUAAUGCUGGGUUUGCAGUGUUUGUAAUGAAAGUUCAGUGCGUGCUGAGCGUUGGCUUGUAGUCAGUUAAGUAUGAAUGGGAGUAAAAAGAAGGAUAAUUGUUAUUUACCAUUAUCAGUGUUAUUUCAGAUGAAGUUUUGUAGAGGAAUAACUGUUGUUUUUAAGAAUCAGUGUUUCUUAGGAAUGAACUUUGUGUACAAUAUUAUUUUACACAAAAAAAUCCAUUUUUAUUUGUACAGUUUUGUUUGUAUAUACUUUCUGUUGUAAACUUAUAUACGUAUUACUAGUGUACUCGUAUGAGUAAUGUGACAAAUGCAUGACAAUGAAAAUUAUUUAAAAGUAUUCCUGUAUUUAUACCUCAGUUAUGCUUUUGUUUUUAUACCUCUUGCAUUUUUUUUAAUCUGUAAAUACAUUAUUCCAUAUAAAAGAACUGCAGAAUUCAUUGACUUUGGAAGCCUGUCUAUAUUGAACGUCCCCAAUAUGUGCACUAUUGAAUAUGUAAAAAAAGAUAUCCAUACUUUUUUUCACCUACUUCUGUGCAUGUGAUUUAUAUAGCGAGGAUAAUAGCAACUUCAGUCAAUGAAGCAAACUCUGCUUUGUCAGUUUUCAUUGCUUCAUUCAUGGUCAUAGAUUAGGUUAAUAAAGUAGGGUUAUGACAUGAACGAUUAAGGGAACUACAUCUGUGUACAGCACAGCAUUGCCAAGUUAGCUAUGAAACGUUAUAUUUAUUAUUUAUUUAUUUUGUAUAUUUCAAGCAGGAAUAUCUAAAUCACUGAGUGGUUUUUGCAUCUCCAGAUGUGUCCUGUGAUAAAUGACAUAGCAGUGUUUGCUUGGCCAGACACAAGAGAUGGUAGGAAAAUAAAGUAGACAUUCAUAUGUGUAUACUUACAUUUGGUGUAGAAAUUGCUAGCUAAAGUCGACAAGUGACAAUUAUAUCUGCUGCUAAUGCCCAUUACAGGAUGCUAUCUUGGUGUCCAAUAAAAUGUUUUGUAGUAGAAUUUGUGUAUCAAGAGCAUAGUUUUAUCCAGUUGUGAAUCAGCAUUCAUACGUGGCAGUUUAAAUUAAAAUGCUGCACUGUAUAUAAAAUUAUAACUGUACGUUGGUAUUAUACAGCAAAUGUGCUGUGUUUCAUUACAGCUCAACAGUACAAAAACAAAGUGACUUCAGUACACUGCAAAAUAAAGAAAAUCUGAUUAUACAAUACAAAGUGAUUCGGUUCAUUCUGUUUUGUGUUGGUUUGCAAGCAAAGUCCAUUCUCUAAAGUUUCACUAUACCCUUCCUAAAACUCUACUGUUUGAACAUGAUUGCAUUUAAAAUGGUCCAUGUGAGAAGUAAUGUAUUUACAAAAUAGCCUUUAUGGUUAUGUUACAAGUGUACGUUAAGUUAAAAUAAGUUGGUGACAGAGAGGCAAUCCCCACUGAGUCUUGUCAGAACACUCUUUGCAUGUAGGUGCUAAACAAAGGUUAAGUACAGUUUGGUUUGUGUGAAUCAGAACAAAGUUGUGGUUAAUGGGCUGCUCAGAGUGGAAAUACAUGAGUUCCUUCUUUGCACUUAAUACUUUCUUAUAAUAAAAACAAGUGUUUCCAAAAAAUAUGAUAGGAGGGCAAGAUCAUUGAAGGGCUAAGGUCUUUGAUCAUAAAAAUGCAUGAACAAUUAAACUGUUUAUGAUUCAUAAACAGGUUGCAUAUUAUUCCUGAUUGUUCUCUAUAUUUGAACAAGCUGAAAGUUGAAUAUUUUUCAUUCCUUACUGUUAAAGUAAUUUGGAGAGACUUUUUGCUUCACGUACAUUAAUUCUGUAGUGUAUCCCAUUUUUUUUCACUUCAUGUUAUGUGGAAGUGCAUGUGUGUUUUGAGCUGUGACGGUCAUCACUUGUAAUAAAAUUAGAUUGCGUCUCACUGUCCUGCACUAGUUUAAACAUUAUUCAUAUUUUCUUGAAACAUUGCUUCAUGUGAUAAGGCUGACAUAUUCUGUACAAUAUUAUUGUAUAAAUGUAUAUGGGUAUGUACAUUUUCCUGUUGAAAUAAAAUAACUUCAUUCUGUUCCUGUUCAAA